AAGUUUUUCUUCUUCUAGAAAACCUAUCGAACGAAUUGGAGAUAUAAAUAUUUUUUUGACGCCGCCAGAAAAUAGGGAAAGAAAAGAACCGGCAGAGGAAAAUAGAAACGGAAACGUAAAAAGUGAAACGUGAAAUAUAACGUAGAACGGAAAACAAAUGGCGGAAUUUUCGGUCGAGCGCGUGGAGGACAAACGGACGGUGAACGGGCGAACGGAGUACUACCUAAAAUGGAAGGGGUACCCGCGCAGUGAGAACACUUGGGAGCCGGUGGAGAAUCUGGACUGCCCGGAUUUGAUUGCAAACUUCGAGGAGUCGCUGAAGAACAACAAAAAGGAGACGAAGAAGCGCCUCUCGACAUCGUCCACGCCAGAGUCGAUCCGAAGCAAGCGCAAGAGCUUCCUCGAGGACGACACCGAUGACCAGAAGAAACUGAUCGGCUUUGAGCGCGGCCUGGAACCGUCAAAGAUUUUGGGCGCCACCGACUCGUCCGGCCACCUCAUGUUCCUCAUGAAAUGGAAAGGCAGCGACCACGCCGAUUUGGUGCCUGCCAAGCUGGCAAAUAUUCGAUGUCCCCAGGUGGUCAUACAGUUCUAUGAGGAGCGCCUGACCUGGCAUACGGGCAACGGCAAUGGCAAUGGCAGCUCCGGCGGCAACACCGGCUUAGGCUCGGGCUCUGGCGCCGGUAGCGGUGUCGACACUGGCCCAGGCAGCGUCGGCACACCCGGCGGCAGCACGGCCGAAGGCGGUGAUGACGAGGAGCCUGCCAGUCCUUCCGGGAGCAUUAGCCAGGACCAAGAGACCGCCAAGCCGGAGGAGACCAGCGAAUUAGGCAACGGCGAGGCCGAUGACUAGUAUGGAUGGAUGCGGAUUCCCGUUCACACACACAUAAGAAACAUAUAUUUGGUAGCGUAGCAUUUAAGCAUAAAGAUCGAUUCAUUUCAGGUCCUCGCGAAGAUCCGGAACCGUGCAGUAGUAAUACACACUUAAUCAUAGGUUUAAAAUUUACAUUUUAUCCCCAUUUUUUAUUUUUUUUAAUUAUUUACCCCCGACUCCUCCAGGAUUACAAGAAAUUCGCAGUGUAAUAUACAAAUAUCCUUGUAUGUAUGUAUGUGUCGGCGGAAGAGCGAAUGGGGCAAAGACGAGAAGGUGGCCCAAUCUUAGAAUCUAGAAUCUAGACUUAAUAUAAAUUGUCUCCCCAUAAACUAAGUUUUGAUGAUGUAAAAAAUAAAGUUGCACAUUUCCAAACAAAAAUUUGCGAUU